AUGAUUGACCACAUUCUGUAUCGGUCUUAUGACACUGCCGACGUGCUGCAGACGCGCGUCAUGCGUGGCGCGCAAUGUUGGACGGACCAUAAUCUUGUCAGGUGCAGACUGUGCAUGCACAUAUGCAGAGUCAGACGCCCGCAAAUCAUCCGAAAAAAGAAACUGAACGUUAGCUGCCUGAAAGAACCAUCAAUUUGUGCAGCUCUAGACAAUAGGUUGAUACCUGCCCUCAGGAACUCUGACUCAGACGUUGAAGCCGCCUGGCAGAAGCUAAAAUCACACAGCGUCCAGGAAGCGGCUCAAGCCCUUGGUGGGGACUUAGCGGCAUCCAGCGAGCUGCUUGUUUUGAAGGGAACGAUCCAGCGGAAGCUACGCAAGAUUAAGGACUGCUGGUGGGACCAACAGGCGCGCCAGAUCCAGGGAUGUGCCGACAGGCACGACACCCGGUCUUUUUUCAGUUCGAUGAAGACCAUAUACGGACCCAGGUCCUCGCAAGUUGUGCCCCUCCACGCCCUGGACGGCACCCUGCUGACCUCCAACGAAGACCGCACUGCGCGAUGGAAGGAACACUUUCAACAGCUGCUGAACCAGAAAUCUUCCGUGGAGUCAUCGGCCAUCGAAAACAUCCCCCAGCUCCCAAUAAUCAGCGAAAUGGACGAUAUGCCAACCGAUUGCGAAAUAGACAAGGCCAUCAAAGCGCUGCAGAAUGAAAAAGCUGCUGGACCCGAUGGUAUACCAGCGGAACUGUAUUGCGCGAGCAGUAACCUACGUCAAGACCUCACCCAAAUGUUGCGGAUCGUGUGGGACACAAAAACCGUCCCAAAGGACUGGAGGGACAGCGACAUCAUAACCCUCUACAAGCACAAAGGGGACAAGUCUGUCUGCGGCAACUACCGCGGUAUCAGUCUGCUGUCAAUUGCUGGUAAAAUCCUCGCCAGAAUCUUGCUCAAUCGGCUGAUCCCCCACGUUGCGGAGAAGAUCUUGUCCGAAACGCAGUGUGGCUUCAGAGCAAAUCGCGGGACGGUAGACAUGAUAUUCGCGGCGCGGCAGAUACAGGAGAAAUGCCGAGAGAAACAACAACCGUUCUAUGAGCUGUUCGUCGACCUGACAGAAGCGUUCGACACGGUCUCAAGAGAGAGCUUAUGGUUGCUCCUACGCAAGUACGGCUGCCCACCUGGUUUCAUCAAACUAGUACGUCAACUGCACGACGGCAUGGAAGCACCGGUAAUUAGUGGUACGGACACAUCUGAGCCGUUCUCUGUCUCCCAUGGAGUCAAACAAGGCUGUGUUAUUGCACUGUCUCUAUUCGGUCUGUUUCUCGGUGCGAUGGUCGCAGAGGCUACCCGUGAUCUGAGCUGCGGGGCUACCAUCCGCCACCGUACAUCCGGUGGCUUGUUCAACACACAACACUUGAAGGCCAAAAUAAAGGUCACACUGCAGAUGAUACUGGACCUGCUGUAUGCUGAUGGCAUUGGUCGCGCAUAG